AUGCGGGAGUCCUUCGACCAGAAACUUCAGACCAAGUUCGCUGAGGUGCAGCGUCGCAUGGAUGAGUGCACCAUGCAGAAGGACAGCCAUCUGGACAUUGAGAAUCGACUCAACGACUUUGAGGCCAUGUUGGACACUACGCUGGAGGGCCACUCGAAAGGUACGGAGCGGAAGCUGUCGGACAUGGAGUCCAGGUUUCAGGAUCUUGAGAAUAGCGACAAGCUGCUCAAGGUCAGCUUGAACCAGGACAUGAUGGAGAUCGCAGCACGGCAUUCCAUGGUGGAGGUUUUGGACCAGAUGCUGAAAACGGAGACCUCCAGAAUCGUCAGUGAGCAGGUGGCCGUGAGCCACCUGGACUGGAAGGAGAGCCAGAAAGCAAUGCUGGAGCACUUGAGCAAGGAGCCGACACUGACCAUCCAUUCAGGUCUGGGUGAGCGUGUCAGCCGUGUUGAGGGCGCCUGGCACAGCGUCCGCCAGGACUGGCGUGAGGCAAAAGGCAACGUCCGAGCCCUGCAGGGGCAAUUGCAGGGCCUUCGCUCCGAGAUGCAGAGUUGCUUGCGCGAGGAGCGCUUGAAGCGCGAAGUGAACGGCACCGGCAUGGCAGAGCAGAUCCAGGCUUGGGAGGUGGAGUUUGCGACGACGGGUUUCGCUGCUAUGGACCACUACUUCUGUUUACCUGGUUACCUGGCAGGACACAGCGAGCCUGACGGGCCUGACAUGACCAUGGAGCGACUUGCGGAGCUUCUUCGAUGCUCGCAAGAGUCGGGGACGAGCCAUGAUGUGCCCGAGAUCCUGCGAUCUUCUCGCCUCUCUGAUCUGUGA